AAUCAGCCUUGUGAGCUGCCAACCUUUCUCUGCCACAUUCAGAAGCAGUGACAGGAAUAGCAACGGCAGACUUCUACAGGACUUAAUUGUGCUUGGACUCGUUCUGAGACAUAUGGAAAGAAAAUUGCUGAAAAAAGAGAUUGAAAAACUUCUGAGAGAAUAUGUUAGCACCACUCUCAGGGAAAAAGAAUUUGACCCAAAAGGAAGAAAAGAAUCCACAUUUCUUGAUGACAUGGCUCAUUAUGAUUUGGCUCUUGGUGUCGCAUUGCAAUGGUUAAGCAGUUCGGAAGAUAUAAAAGCACUAAAAAAUGGAAAGAUAAAGCUGCAGCAAAGCCUUUAUAAAUACCCCAAUCGCAUGGAAAGAGAAGCUAUGAUUUUGUCCUCCUUUGCCGGAAUGUUAAUGGACCGUUUUCCAGUGGAAGAUGUCUUUGAAAUAUACAAGAUCAAACCUGCAGCAAUGCAACUUCAGAGCUCAGCUAAGAGUCAUAGGACACAGCCGUUUAAUCUCUCAUUGCAUCCCUUUGCCAUGCUGACAGCACACCAGGCGGCAGAGCAUGCUUGGAAGCACCGUACCAGAGUUCACAAGUCUAUAUGCAUGACAGAUACCAAUACAAAACAAGAGCAAAACAUUAUGAUAGGUCAACAAAACCCAAACCAGGGUUCAAAGAACCAACACAUGGAUUCUGCUGAUGGGAUGGAACUUUCAUCUGAAUCUGUCACAGAAGAAGAGAAAGAAAUUGUAUAGCUCCAUAAUGUCAUUCUCUUGUUGUACAUUGUAACUGCUAUUUCUACCAGAAGUGUUUAAGACAAUUAUAGAGUUUGUAUUUUGUUACUCUUUAGAUCUGUUACUAAACACAUUACUAAACAAAUAUAAUUGACCAGAUUCAAUAAAGCUUGUCUAAAAAAUGG